UUUCAAAGACGUGUAAAAUACGGUUCUGUGCAUUUUUAACAAUUUUAUUGACAGGCUGUUUAGAUUUCCAUCAUGUGGAGGGUUCGAGGCUAUACAAAUAGUAAACAGAUAUUGAAUUACAGCUUUUCUUCGUACAGAAAUAGCAGAACUUUUGGUUCAGACCAUGGCGAACGCAUCAUGGCCAUUCGGCGCGAAGAUAUCAACGUCUGGGAAAGAAGGUCACCCAUAUCACCGGCUCACGUUUCUGAACUCGUAAACAAAGGAAUCAAAGUGUUAGUUCAGCCAUCUACGAGGCGAGCGUACACUAUGGAUGAGUAUGAACGAGCUGGAGCUACUAUUUCUGAAGAUCUAACAUCGGCAUCGCUCAUCAUUGGUGUCAAGUCUGUUCCUAUUGAUCUCCUUAUUCCGAACAAGACAUAUGCUUUUUUUUCUCAUACUAUCAAGGCCCAGGAAGCUAAUAUGCCUCUAAUGGAUGCCAUGUUAGAAAAGAAUAUUCGUAUAAUAGACUACGAAAAAAUGGUCGAUGAAAAGGGCAGAAGAGUUUGUGCUUUUGGUAAAUUUGCUGGAGUUGGAGGAAUGAUAAAUACUCUCCAUGGCCUUGGUCUAAGGCUGCUUGCUUUAGGCCAUCAUACACCUUUCAUGUACAUGGGCUCAACCCAUAACUACAAGAGCAGUCGUGCUGCUAAGCUUGCCGCAUAUGAAUUGGGAGAAGACAUCAAAUCAGGAAAACUUCCAAAGCACUUUGGUGCACUGUCAUUUGUCUUCACUGGAUCUGGAAAUGUUUCCCAGGGAGCCCAAGAGAUAUUUCAGGAAUUGCCACAUGUGUAUGUACACCCCCAUGACUUGAAGAAAGCUGUAGAGGGUGGAGAUCAUAGGAAGCUUGUUGGUACAGUUGUAAGAAGAGAGGAUUACUUGGUCCCUAUAGCUGGUGGGAAGUUUGACGCUGCUGAAUACGAAGCUCAUCCGGAAAGAUACAGAUCAAAUUUUGCAGAAACUAUUGCUCCUUAUAUGUCUGUCCUCAUUAAUGGUACAUACUGGGGACCUGAAAACCCAAGACUGUUAACCAAUGACGAUGCAAAAAACCUUCUUAAGCCAUUAGCCAGAACUAGUGCUUAUGAUGGCUGUCCAAAUCUACCUCACAGAUUUCUUGCAAUUGGUGAUAUUUCUGCAGAUCCAGAUGGUUCAUUAGAGUUCAUGACGGAGUGUACAACUAUAGAAUAUCCAUUUCAUCUUUAUGACAUCAAAACUGGCUCUUCGCAAAUAGGGAUGGCUGGUGAUGGUGUUCUCAUAUGCUCCAUUGAUAAUGUACCUGCACAGCUACCAAGAGAAGCUACUGAUUACUUUGGAAGACUUCUAUUGCCAUGGAUACCCGAAAUGAUUGACAGCCAUGCUACUGAACCGUUUGAAAAACAAACCCAUCUCAGUGGAACUAUCAAGAAUGCAAUAAUUACCUCCAAUGGAACACUUACACCAAAUUUCAAGUAUAUCGCUGAUCUGAGGAAAAGGAUUGAAGAGUCCAAGGCCCGAGCACUGGGUCCUAACCGACCUGUUCCUAUCACGAAGAGAGUGUUAGUUCUUGGUGCUGGUAUGACUGUAGGUCCGACUAUCGACUACCUUACACGUGAUAAACAGCUGGCUGUGACUCUAGCAUCUAAUGUCGUAAGUGAGGCGGAAGCAAUAGCAUCAACAUAUAGAAACACAUCUCCUGUUAUGCUUGAUGCAAAACAAAAUCCAGAAAAACUCGCGCAGCUCAUCAAAGAUCAUGACAUCGUAGUUAGUCAGUUACCAUAUGAAAAUCACAAUGCCGUUGCAAGGAAAUGCAUCGAGCUGAAAACCAAUAUGAUAUCGUCUAGCUACGAAGCCGUACUGGAACCGGAAGCACAUGAAGCAGCCAAAGAAGCUGGUAUCUGCAUAGGAAUGGAACUGGGUCUUGAUCCUGGCAUUGAUCACAUGUUAGCAAUGGAAUGUUUUGAUGACGUCAAAGAGGAAGGAGGAAUGAUAACGUCUUUUCUGUCAUACUGCGGUGGUUUGCCAGCUCCAGAAUGUGCUGACAAUCCCUUGCGAUACAAAUUCAGCUGGAAUCCCAGAGCUGGGUUAAUGACAAUUAUGCAUGGGGCAAAGUAUCUUUGGUAUGGAAAGACUGUUACAGUAGAUUCAGGGGAACGUCUUAUUAACGAAAUCCGCUCAACGGACCAGUUCCCAGGCUUUCGUCUUGAGGAAUAUCCCAAUCGAGACUCUACCGUAUACAAAGAGAAAUACAACAUACAAACUGCAGACACUGUUAUCAGAGGAACACUUAGAUACGAGGGUUUUUCUACUGCCAUGUCUGGCUUGUAUCAGCUUGGAUUUUACAGCUUAAGAGAACAUCCUAUGUUUGCCGAAGCAAGAGAAAUCCCUUUUCACGUAUUACUGGCAACAAUAAUGGGUCGACCUGAUGCUGGUCUGUCAGAGUUGACUUCAUUGGUGUACGAGAAAGUUGGACGAGAUGACGCAAAGCUACAAGCGAUAAAAGAAUUAGGGCUUUUUUCAGAUGAGCCUGUAAUUCCUCAGAAGACCGCGUUUGACACUCUCGCUGAAUUUCUAAAGACAAAACUUGCAUACAAAGAUGGUGAAAGAGACCUUGUACUUCUCAGACACCAGAUCGGUAUUGAAUGGCCUGAGAAGAAACAGGAAACCCGAAGUAUAACUAUGAUCCAAUAUGGCGACCCUAACGGAUUCUCUGCCAUGGCAAGGACGGUCGGUUUACCGGUUGGCAUAGCAACAAAACAAGUGAUGGACGGAGACAUAAAAGCAAGCGGCGUCUUCACACCCGUUAAAAGAGAAAUCUAUAAACCAUUGGUGAAGAAAGUGCGUGCUGAAGGGAUAACUAGCAAGAGUUCUUCCUAUUUCCAUUAAAUACGCACAAGAUUUUGAGUCUUSAGGCAAAACACAGCACGACCAAUUCACUGUGGACUUUGCGCRUCAGUUUUCUCCGAAUUACUAGAACUCGUUUGUGAGGCYAAUUCAAUUUUUCUAUACUAAUAUUCUUGUCUGUCUGUCCKUGUAUCUGUAUUUAUUAAUMGCUAAAUGAWUGUGGAUUCCUCUAAUGGGAACCUCAAGUGUCGCGAUAGUGAAAAGGUUUUUCAUAUAAUGRCCAUGCUUAGCAUUUUACCGAGAAYUUUAGCUAGKAUAGAGGCUGCUUUUUCUUAUUAUUCUAAACGAAGUCUCCAAAAAUCCAUCAGUUUCUGAAUGAAUAUAAAGUAACUUAAUUAUAAGUAACUUAUUGGUAACGUAUCGUUCUUUUGUGCUAUGACGCGCUCAAAGGAUUCCAGGAGUUUCAGAAUAACAAUUAAAUUGUCACUGGAAAAAAUCGCGCACUUUAAAGGUUGUAAAUUUAAUGCAAAUAUGAUGUAA